CUUGAGAACAAAUUUUUUUUCUUCGUUACAUUGUACAUUGGCAUCUUACCAUUUAAUUUUCAAACAUUUUUUGUGCCAACUCACUGCCUGCGAAUCUUUCCAUUUGAAGAGCUCGUUUAUUUAGUCGAAUCAAGCGACAUUUUCAAAUAAAGUCCAGUCAAAAUGCCUCUUCUACCCGCCGCUUUGUACGGACUUCGCGUCCCGGCCGGCGAUGAGCCGAUGCCCGCUGCCAUUGAUUUCCCUGCUACUAUCCGCAUCACAAUGGCCGCCAUCGACCCUACUGAGGAGCCCGAGGCUGAUGAGGACGGCAAGGUCCCUCGUGUGCCCCGCUCAACACUGAAGCUCGUCAAGGAGACCGUCAACCCCGACAUGGAUGAGGACAGCGACGAGGAUGACGACUACCUGCAGCAGCUCCUCGCCGACGGCGGCGACGACUCCGAGGAUGAUGAGGAGGAGGAGGAGGCCAACGGUGGCCCAUCCGACCCGUCCAAGUCCAAGAAGGCUCGCCAAGAGGCUGCGCUUAAGAAGCUUCUCGCUGCCGCCAACGAGGAGGACUCGGACGAGGAGAUGGCCGACGCCGGCUCCAAGUCUAAGAAGUCGAAGAAGGGCAAGGCUCCUGCCACCAAGGACGACGAUGAGGACUCCGAGGACGAGGAAGAUGAUGACGACUCGGACAUGGGUGUCGACAUGGAGGAGCACGUUUUGUGCACGCUCGACCUUGAGAGGAACUUCCAGCAGCCUCUUGACAUUGUUAUCGGAGAGGGUGAGAGGGCUUACUUCGUCGUCAGCGGCACACACUCGAUCCACCUCACCGGAAACUACGUCAUCCCCGAUGUCGAGGAGGACGACAGUGAUGAUGAGGAUGACAGCGACGACGAGUACGACCUCACCCCCGACAUGGAGGAUGCUCUCGGCGAUGGCGAGUCUGUCUCAAGCGACGACCUUGACGAGAUCGACGGUGCUAUGCGCGUCGAGGAGAUCGACACAGACGAGGAGGAGGCCCCCAAACUGGUCAAGGCCAAGGACAGCAAGAAGGGCAAGAAGCGCCCCGCUGAGGACGAGGAGGCCGAGGGUCUCGAUGCUAUGAUUGCCCAGGAGGCCGAAAGCAAGCUAAGCAAGAAGCAGCAAAAGAAGCUCAAGAACAACAAGGGCGAGGCUGUCGAGGCCGAGGCCAAGGAGAAGGCCACCCCCGCCAAGGGUGACAAGAAGGUCCAGUUCGCCAAGAACCUGGAGCAGGGUCCCACUGGCUCUGCCGAGAAGCCCAAGGCCAACGGCAAGGCCUCGCUCGGUGUCAAGACCGUCCAGGGCAUUACUAUCGAUGACCGCAAGCUUGGCCAGGGCCGUGUUGCCAAGUCGGGUGACAAGGUCAGCAUGCGCUACAUUGGCAAGCUCACAAACGGCAAGGUGUUUGAUGCCAACAAGAAGGGCCCUCCUUUCAGCUUCAAGCUUGGUAAGGGUGAGGUCAUUAAGGGCUGGGACAUUGGUGUCGCCGGCAUGGCUGUCGGUGGAGAGCGCCGCCUGACCAUCCCGGCCUCGCACGCCUACGGAAGCGCGGGCGUUCCCGGCAUUCCCGGAAACAGCACACUUGUUUUCGACGUCAAGCUUCUCGAGAUCAAGUAAAUGCUCGGUACAGAGCAGGAUCAAAGGAGGACUUGGAAAAGAAAUAAGUAAAAAUAUGAAAAAAUAACUUGUCUAAAAAAGGAUCUGGGUUUUCGGAAGGCGUUUCGGCAAACUUGGUUUAUAUCGGCAAAACCUUUCCACUCAGAUGAGAAAACCGACUAAUAACUACCAUGACACAUCGUGAAGAUUUCCUUUCUUUUAUGUUUAGUUUGAGAAAAUAAAAAUAAAAAUUCAUAAAACUUGUCUUUUCUAUUA